GCAUUAUUAAAAGAAUAAAGUAAAAGGAGAGGGUCCAAUUGGACUAUGGCUAGGUUCUCGACAAGAAUUGAAUCGUAUUUGACUGCGUUGUUGUAGCUACUACGUUGGCUAGGUUAUCCAAAAGUAGUGUACUAGCUACUGCUACCAUGCAGCAGUCGUACUUGAAUACUCAGGGUAGCAUAAUAAUGCAGGCUUGCCUCUGAUUUGCGGGCCUGAUUGGGUCUGAGUGCGAAAUAAUAGGGUUGCAGCAGUAAAAGAGAGGGGCAACGCGUCUUUUCACCUGCACACCACGUAUUCUCACACUACUACAACUACGCAUAAUGUUUACACGAUCACUUUUAAGAACACAUCGGCCCUUACUUCAACGUCGUUUUCACGGUCAAGCUCUGAUUCCAUUUGUCGUUGAACAAACAGGUCGAGGCGAACGCUCGUAUGAUAUAUUUUCGCGUCUUUUGAAGGAACGCAUUAUUUGUUUGAAUGGACCGGUCGACGACAAUGUCGCUUCUGUGAUUGUGGCACAAUUGUUGUUCCUUGAAGCAGAGAACCCCGAAAAGCCAAUCAAUCUCUAUAUUAACUCACCUGGUGGCAGUGUGACAGCUGGCAUGGCUAUUUAUGACACGAUGCAGUACAUCCAAUCACCCGUAUCGACACUGUGUAAUGGUCAAGCAUGCUCUAUGGGAUCUCUGUUGCUCGCCGCAGGUGAGGCCGGGAAACGCUACGCAUUGCCAAACUCAUCUAUCAUGAUCCACCAACCGUCGGGUGGCGCUGCUGGCCAGGCAUCCGAUAUCGCCAUCCAUGCACGUGAAAUUCUAAGAGUUCGCGAGCGACUUAAUAGGAUUUUUCAAAAGCAUACUGGUAUCCGUGAUAUUGAUACGAUAGAAAAAAUGAUGGAACGCGAUUAUUUCAUGACUGCAGAAGAAGCAAAGAAUUUUGGAUUGGUUGAUAAAGUGUUAGAGAAACGCACUGCCGAGGAUAAUAAACCGGAAUAAACCCAGAAGGAUGGAUGGGUCUCCUCUUCUUUUUGCU